AUGGAUAAAUCAUAUGAUAAAAAUUAUGCAAAAGAAGUGAUGAAUCAUUCUUUUCAUAAUUCAAAAAACACUUUAAGUAAUUUUAAAAAAAAUGAGGGUCAUAAAUUAGUCAAGGAAAAAUCAUAUGAAGAAAAUAUUAACCAAUCUAAUAAAAAAGAACAUUAUUCACCUAAUUUUAAUGAGAGAAAAAAUACAAAAACUAAGCAAGUAAGCAAUUUAAAUUAUAUUGAUAAUAGCGUAAACAAAAAUAUUGCAUUUAAUGAAAAUAAUUUUAUGUUAAAACCAAAUAAUGCUGAUGAAAAUAUAAGUUUUCUAGAACCUGGUUUAAACAUUAAUUCUAAUGAAAUUUAUGAGAACAUAGAUAAUAAAAAAUAUAUAAACAAACAAUUUAUUAAUAAAAAUUUUCUAAAUACAAAUGAACUUGAAGAUAAAAUGAAUAUUAAAAGUAAUGACUUAUUUAUUAAAAAAAAAAGUAUGAUAAAAGAAAAUUAUGAUAUAAAAAUUAAUCAAUACGUAGAUGAUAAUCAAAAUAAUAACAAUAUAAAUGAAAGUUAUAAUUUUAAAUUAAACAAUUAUAACAUAACUAAAAAUGACAAAGAUGAAAAUAAUACAAGUAAGAAUUCUAACAUGAAUAUGCAAAAUUAUGAUAUUUAUAGUUAUAAAAAAAAUGAACAUGAUUUAGAAAAAAAAAACAUACCUAAUUCAUAUGAGAAAAAUUUUAAAACUUUUGAUAAAAAUAUAAAUAGUGAAAACAGUUCAUUAAAUGAUGUUAUUAAUAAAUAUUUAAUGAAUAUUGAUAAUAAAGAAAAUAAAUUUGAAAACAAUACUAGUUAUAUUUUUUAUACUAGUAAUGAUAAUAAUUUGAUGAAUAACAAUAGCAACAAUAUGAGUGUAAACAAUAUAAAUAAUAAUAUUAAUGAAACAAUUGAUAGAAGUAGCAAUAUUUUAAAUAAUAUUACAAAUAGUGUAAAUAAUAUCAGUACCAAUCUAAAUGAUGCUAAUAAUAUGAAUAAUUUUUUAAUUAAUAAUAAUAAUUUUAAUGAAUGGAAUGAUAUGAAUAAUAAUUUCUGUAAUUUCACAGAAGAAAGUAAUUUAAUUUUUAAUAAUGACAUUAAUUUAAACACUGAAAAGGAAAAAAAUAUAUAUUCUUCAAGUAAUAUAGAUAAUACAAAUAAUUAUAUAAAUUAUAUGAAUAUGUUAAAUUCUUCAGAUCAAAAUUAUAAGGAUAAUUAUUCUUUUUUAAAUAAUAAUUUUAAUAAAGAAAUCAAAUUUUCAGAAAAUGAGGAUUUUAUUCUUUAUAAUACUAUGUAUAAUGAAACUCAUAAUAAAUUGGAUAAUUUUUAUAUGAAUAAUAGUUUUUUUGGUGUAAAAAAUAAAAAUAAUAUAAUACAAGAUAAGAAUCAUAAUUUUAAUCAAAUGAGAGAAAAUGUAAAUGAUCAAAUAAAAAUUUUACAUACAGAUAGUAAAAAGUAUUUUUGUGAAAAAAAUAAUAAUAUAUAUAUGAAUAAUUCUGAAUCAAAAAUACAAGAUGAAAGUUAUUUCCCAAAAAAAGAGGAAAAUAUUUUAGAUAAUAAAGAAAAAGAUAAUAAAUACGAUGAUAGAAAAAAUAAUAAAUAUGAUGAUAAAAGAUAUAAUAAAUAUGAUGAUAAAAAAUAUAAUAAAUAUGAUGAUAAAAAAUAUAAUAAAUACGAUGAUAGAAAAAAUAAUAAAUAUGAUGAUAAAAAAUAUAAUAAAUAUGAUGAUAAAAAAUAUAAUAAAUAUGAUGAUAAAAAAUAUAAUAAAUAUGAUGAUAAAAGAUAUAAUAAAUAUGAUGAUAAAAAGCAUAAUAAAUAUGAUGAUAAAAAAUAUAAUAAAUACGAUGAUAGAAAAAAUAAUAAAUAUGAUGAUAAAAAAGAUUAUAGGCAUAAUGAUAAAAGGGAUCAUAAAUACGAUGAAAAAGAAAUUAAGAAGUAUAACAAAAAAUAUGAAUGCAACAUAUUUGAUGAUGAAUGUUAUUUUAUUAAAUGCAAAAUUUACGGAAAAGAAAAAAUUAUAGUUCCUGACCCUUUAAAUAAUAUGGAAGAUUUAAAUACUGUAUGUGAUGAUAUUUUAUUUAAAAAUAUAUGUUUGAAAGGAUAUAACAAAAUGACGACGGUUCAAAAAUAUUCGAUUCCAAUAAUAAAAAAAAAAAUAAAUCUUAUUGCUUCUUCUCAAACAGGAAGUGGGAAAACUUUUUCAUUUUUAUGCCCAAUUAUUUCUAAUUUAAAAAAAGACGAACAAAUUCUAAGACCUCAUUUUCCAGGAUCAUAUGCUUGCAUAUCUCCUUUAUGCUUAGUUUUGUGUCCAACAAGAGAAUUAGCUAUUCAAAUUUUUAACGAGGUAAAUAGUUUAACAAAAAAUUUAUAUUUAGUAAGUAUGGUCUUUUAUGGAGGGGAAACAAUGAAAGAACAAAUAGCACAAAUAAAUGAAAAACAGGCGGAUAUAAUAAUAUCAACCCCAGGGAGGCUAUUAGAUUUAUUAAAUAAUUGUAAAAUAAGUCUUUCCUUUGUUAAAUAUUUGGUAUUUGACGAAGCUGAUGAAAUGAUAUCCCUUGGAUUCAAAAACCAAAUGGAUGAAAUAAUUUUUCAAAAAGAUUUAUGCCCAAACGAUGCAAGGCAAACUAUAUGUUUUACUGCAACAUUGUCAGAUAAAUUAAAAGAUGUUAUUCAAAAUUUCAUUGCUACUCCAUAUAUUUAUUUAAAUAUAAAACAAAAAAAGGAAGUUAAAAAUUCAAUUAAACAGAUUGUUAAAUAUGUACCUAUGAAAUCUAAAUUAAAUGAACUUCUUAGAGAUAUUAGGAAUUUACAAGGACAAGCUAUAAUUUUUGUCGAGUUAAGAAAUUCAAUUAAUCACGUUUUUAGUUUUUUAAAGUCAAAAGGUUUUGACGUAAAUUAUUUGCAUGGAAGAAUGAAUCAAGUUAAAAGACAGAUGGUUUUUGAAAAAUUUAGAGAAAAGUCCUUUCAAAUAUUAAUAGCUACAUCUAUUGCUGCAAGAGGGUUAGAUUUUCCUGAUUUAGAAUUAGUAAUAAAUUAUGAUUUACCUUCAGAAUUUGAUCAAUAUAUGCACAGGAUUGGGAGAACAGGAAGAAUUGGGAAAAACGGGAUAGCUAUAAAUUAUUUUAAUAGUUCAAAUAAAAAAAUUAUUGAUAAACUUAUUGCACAUCUAAAGAAAUAUGAUCAAACUGUACCAAAUUGGUUACUUAAUUUUAAUAAAUGA